AUGCCAUCGGUUAAGGUUAAGGACUACUUCGACAACGACGACAAUGGGCUGUGGUCUUGGUACCUCAGCAAUCUGCGCGAGGGCCACUUCGAAGAACUCACCAACAACGUGCUCAAGUUCACGCUGCUGCGUCGUUUUCUGAACGAGCAGCUCAUGGCUGAUACAGUUCAAUUCAACAAAAAGCUACUGCUAGUGUCGAUACCUGACACAGUGCAUGAGAACACAGGGCUGCUGGAGAACUUUCUACGUGAUUAUUUCCACUUGGACGACCUGCAGUACAUUCAGAUCAAGAAACUUACACGUGAGCGAUGCUACAACCAUGAAAACCACUAUUUGAUCAGUGACAAUUUGAACAAUUUCAACGACCGCUCUUUUCUAGAAUUUGGCCAUCGCGCGCGCAUGGCCAACAGCAACACCAAUACCCGCAUUUUGCCUCAAAACUCCGGCAAUCAGUACAGUGUUUUGAGCGGUGAAACGGGAUUCGACUCUUUGAAAUCGUCUCAGGAAGACCCGGAGUCCCCUCGCGCUUUGCAGCCCUCGCACGUGGUCGAGGAAACGAUAGGCAGCCCACUGAGCUCGCCGGCGAGUCCACUCAGAAUGGAACGCGUCAAGUCCAUCGCCUCCAGUGAUGACAGCGCGGAUGAGAGCAGUGAAAUAGUGAUAAAUUUUAGCCAAAAAUUGCGGCCCAAACCAUACCGUUCUUUGGUCAGAACGGUCUUGAGCGACGACGCUGAGCCGACCACUUCCGCAGACGUAUCCAUUUACAGCGACGACUUAUCGUCCUAUGAGGGCGAAAUAUUAGCACAUACUAUCACAAGAGAAGAAGAUGCCACUUCAUCAGUGGCCGAUGGAGACAGCAUAUCCGAGCUUUCUAGCGUCGACCAUUCUUUAAACUCGUUAAGUUAUCAGUCCGAACUCUCUCAGGACACACGUUCUAUGGUGUCCAUUUUUCCAUCUAUAUCGAUUUCGGACAAAUUUGGGCGGUUUAGACUGGUGUUGCAAUCGAUCCUGAUACAACAUCCGGAUACUCGUCAAAUAUACACAGCAGUUAGACAAUCAAACAAUGACCCUACCGUGGCACAUGUCAAUGACGAUUGGCUGCUGUAUGACGAAAUAUUCUCCAUGGAUAAUCUACAAAUGCUUACUUUGCAUGAUGUACUUGAGGUAAACCGAUUUUUCCCCAAAAUUUUAUUUUAUUCAUUAGUUAUGAUUACAGAAGAGGUAGCACAGGAAGCGCAACAAUACUAUCCGCUUCCAAACUCACACAAUCCCAAACCUAUUCCAUCAGCAUCCACUCUAUCUGAGAAUACCUUGAAGUUACAAAACACUCUGAAUUCAACAAUUAGCAAUAUGAAUAGUCAGUUGUCCCCAACCAGCAAGAAUGGAUAUUCACGUAUCGCUGAAGACACUGAGCAAUAUUACCCAGAUAUAGAUGACGACUAUGACGAGGAUAGUGAUGACGGCCGAGUUGUUCAAUUAUACGCUGCCACAAGAACAAAUAGUAACAACACUACUGCUCAUAGGUCGAUCAGAACUGUGAACAGUAUAGGUGACUGGGCAUUCCAUCACGAUAGUGCUCGCAAUCCUCUUUCCAAUGUGUCCACAACGGAAGACUAUGAAUUCAGUGACGACAAGAUUAGGAGAGCAAUAUCAAAAUCUCCUUCAAAGAACGCUUUAACAAAAUCUGCUACACUGGGAUCAUUGAGCACUGUGGAGAGAUCAAAGAGUACUCCAUUACCAUCGAUUUUACGGACACUGAGUAGUUUUGACGACGAAGCACUUUAUUGGAAGAAGAAAGUUGAGAAAUUUAAAAGAAAGAGGCGCGCUAGGCCAAAGAAGAGCGAUGCCAACUGUGUACUUAUGUAA